AUGCCGCGGGGUUUGGUGGGCAAGGGAGUGGUGGUUGGAAAUACACUGCUUCUCCUUGCCGAACUUCUACAGUUGCUCUACUGGUCGUGUGUCCUAACUUUGUCACUGACGCUUCUAAUGGAGCGGGACACGUGCCUCGUAAGCCCAGGCCGGUACGCGUUUUAUUUCAUCGCCCUGCGCUUUCCCGUGCUGCUCCGGAUGCUUCCCCGUCACUACGCACUCCUGCUAACCUUGAAGGGAGAGGUGUUCGUUUUUACCGCCGCCUCUUGUGCGACAUACUUUCCUAGCGCCACCAGCGCUCUGGUGGAUGUGCAUGUUGCCAAGGUGGGAGGCGGUGUGACUACCCAGCUCUGGAAACACGCACUUCGCGACCUUCUCCGUCAAGCCUUCACGUCGGGGCUUCCUGGAAAGGUGGAAAACACAUGGACGCCGCCCAAUUACACGCAACUGGUACAGAAUGUGCUAGUCUCCAAUGUGACUACUCGGGUCGUGUCGAUUGAUUACGGGUCAUCGUCGCUUCUCUUGUCGCUUGGAUUGAUUGACAAGCUCGUGGUGGCCGCUUACUUUGGCCUUGUGUUGGGGGUAUUGUUUGUGCCUCUGCGAUCCUUCAUUUUCGGUGCGGUGCCAAAGCGGGACUUAUUUCUCUAUAAGACGUUGUGCGGUGGAACAAGCACAAGCAUUGAUGUCGGAGCGCGUCUGCAGAAUGACUUGAGACCUGAGGAUCGCAAAAGAAUUUAG